AUGAAUUGUUUUCGACCUGUCAAAGUCCUAGUUAAAGGAAAUCUCGUCAUAGAAGUUGUUGAUGAAUCUGAAUUAAACCAUAUCCCCACUCAAACUGAAACACCUAAAAAAUUUAGUAAAGAGCUAAAAGAAUUAAAAGACGAUAAUUACAAAGGGACUAUAGAAACUAAACCAAAGAAAGUAAGUCUUGAAGAAAAAACAGACAAAAAAUUCAUUGAAGAUGAAAAGAAAUUUCCUAAAGUCCGAGUUACAUUAGAAGCAUUUGAAGAGUUACAAGACUUUAGAAAAAAAUAUAAGUGUAAGUCUUAUUGUGAGGUAGUUAAUAGACUAUUAAAUAUUUAUGACUCUGUACAAAAACAGAAUGAUAUAAAUGAUUAA